AUGUCCACCCCCGCCCUAAUCACCGGCGCCCUCCUCUCAGGCGCCAUGGCCUCGCUCUCCCUCAUCGCCGUGCCCGUGCUCCUCGACACCACUCCCACGCCAGCUCUCCUCCUACAGCAAUGGGUGCGCAUGUACCACUACGGCCACCGAGUGCUGCCCGCCAUGGCUAUCGGCACGUUUGGGCUGUACACCUACGCGGCUAUCUCCGGGGCCCGGGGCCGGGACCGGGGCCGGUCGGAGAAAAGGGGUUGGGCCCUAGCCCUCGCGGCCGGCCUGACGACCGUCGCGAUGCUGCCGUUUACGUGGUUGUGCAUGGUGCCGACGAAUGACGAGUUGUUUCGGCUAGCAGAGCAGAGCCGGAAGUUGAGCCAGAACGGCCCGGAGUCCGUGGAUAUCGUCAGCCUGGGCGAGGUGCAGGAGUUAGUCAGCUUUUGGAGUGGCCUGCAUCUGGUGCGGUCGGGAUUGCCGUUUGUCGGGGUUGUGUUGGGGGCUAUUGCGAAGAUUUGGGAGUAG